AUGCUUUUUCUAUCCACCAACGGCUGCAAAGAAUAUCGGCUUGAAGGGCGCCUCAUCGGACACAAGAAUGCCAUCAAUUGCCUAGCAGUCUCUCGCAAUGGAAACAUGUUGGCAAGCGGGGGUAAGUGGAAUAUUCAGAAUGUCAUUUUACAUACUCACCUGACUCCAUGUCAAACCCCAGCCAUCCAAAAUCCAGCAGAUCCGGUGACCUGUGCAUGCUGGAUAACUCGGCAAGAAGCAACACGCGAGACACUAUGCUAUGGCACAGGGCUGGGUUUCAUAAGCAUUUGGCAACAGCAAGGGGAAGACUCGAAGGACUUCCACGCAAAAGUAUCAAGACGAAUUGGGACAGGUAAAGAGAUCAUGUGUCUUACAUAUAACCACACCGGCGAUGAAACUCGCAUUGCAAGCGUAACACGCAACAGAUGGGUUCAAGUAUGGGCAUUUGACUCCAAAGGACCAUUGAUACCGAUCUUCAGUGUUGAGCUGUCCACCACGAUCCCGUGCACUGUCCAAUUCAAACGAACGGCAAGUAGAAACCUGUUAGUAUUUGGGAUGUAUGACAGCGAAAUACAUACACUUCGAGGCUCAGACGGUACUAUUGUCGGUACAAACAAGGCUGGACCUAUGAUCGGGCAUGCUGCUGUGGACGCCCCUCAAACACUAUUCCUAAUCGACAACGUGGUUAACGGAUUCAGCCUACAUCGUUUGGAAGAUGGAGCCUGCAUCUGUACCUACAAUACCAAUCCAGUGAAGACAUUCCCAAAACAGGUUGUUUUUGGGGACCGGGCUACCCUUGUUGUUGGAGGUAGCGACACAGGAACUAUUCAGAUUUUCGACAAGAAUGACGGUGCCCUUAAGCAAGUAUUGCAACACGCAGACAGGGGGUGA